AGGUCGCUCACUUUUUGCAGAAGAGGAGAGAUGAGGUGAAGGACGAGCGGCAGGAGCAGAUGAAAGGGGAUUUCCGCCGCCGCCGCUGCAGCCAAUCAGAAGCCACGUAAACACGUCGGGCCAGUGGCCGUGAGCGCGAGGUGCUUUUCAUUUCACUUCACGCGAGCCAGACGGUGUCCCGGACCGCGAGAGUCCAGAAGAGCCUUCCUCUUUCAGAGCUGAACAUGGCGGCCGUGCUGGAGGAGGUUGAUGAAGCGGAGCUGAUGAACGUGGCGCUGGUCCAGAGAAGCGCGGGCGCGUGCUUACGGGGCCACCUGAAGACGUCCGCGCGCGCAGUAGCUCUCAAACUCCUCAACACAGACAGCUGUUUGUCACAGAUGCAGGAUGCCUUGGCUCAGGGUGGAGUGUGUGUGAAGCGAGUUCUGCUGCCUGUAGGUGUGUAUCGGAGUCGCUUUCUCACAGCUCUUCUGUGGGACUGGAUGCCUGAAGGAUCUCUGCAUUCACUGCUCUAUGAGACUGACCUGUACCCAGACCUGCCCCUGGCUCUCCGGUUACGGAUCCUGCUGGACGUAGCUGAGGGUUUAAAUGUUCUUCAUGCCAUCUCUCUGCCUCACGCUGCACUGAAGACCACCAAUGUCCUGCUCGACCACCAGUACCGUGCUAAACUGUGUGAUUGGGGAUGUGAGACGUUGGUGGACGUGAGAACCCGAGCUCCAUGUUUCAGAGACCUGGCCUUCCUGGCACCAGAGGUUCUGCUGGGAAAAAUUCCAGAUGUGAAGUCUGAUGUGUACAGUUUCGGUGUUCUGAUGUGGGAAACACUGAACAGACGACCACCAUAUGAAGGUUUUGAGCAGCUGCAGAACCUGGUUAUGUGUGCUCAGGAAGGGACGGGGCCAGGUAUGGCGAGGAAUCUGUUGCCCCUGGAGACACCACAAAGCCACGCCCUCACUCAGCUCAUGACCAGAUGUUGGUCUGUUGAUCCAAAACAGCGGCCUUUGGCUGAAGAGUGUGUGCUGGAGCUCAGGAAGGUUCUGGAAACUCUGGAGCUGGGAGCUGAAUGUAGAGCAGUUCACCUGAUACAAACCUGCAAGGAGAGGGCGCUACUGAGUUGUAAACACACUGCAGCCUGGGCGCUGCCUAUCGAGCUCAACAACCUGGAGGGCUACGGAGGCUGUAUGGGUCCAAAACACCCGAAGUCUAAGACGCUGGCAGUGACGGUUCCGUUCUCACACAAACACGGCGCUCUGACCCGCAGAUCGGACGAGUCGAGUCCGAGAGGAAGUCCACCUUCUCCCGCUCCGGCCCGAGCCUCGCCUCCGACACGGUGCUGCAGGGAGGUCAGCUCCUCGGACAGUCUCCCUGCUGUGAGACGAUGUGCUGGAGCUUGGGACGUUAAACAGACUCGAGCUUCUCCACCUCCGAACACGCCAUGUGCCCCGCCCACGUCUCCGACACACACGCCACUACAUCCUGCUAACCAAUUCGCGUGUCCGGUGUCUUCCGGCCGGACGUGCUGCCGGCUGCUGCAGGAGAGACGUGAGGCCAUCGUACAGUUCAUGACCGAGGGGCGACUCAACAACCUGCUGGACGUGCUGCGUGCGAGGCGUGUGGUCACACGUGAGGACUACGAGUUCAUCAUGGCAGCCAUGACACUCAGCGCACGCACACGCUGCCUCCUGGACACCUGCGCUUGUCUGGGGGAGAAAGUAGCCGUCCUGAUAGCCACCACUCUGGGACUGGUUUCUAUGGAGACCACACAGGGACACGCCCGCUCUCGGAUAUCUCCUAAAGGCCAGGCGGGGUGAGGGGACAUUACUGACACCUCCUUUCUUAUUCUUAUCGUGUUAUCGAAACGCCCCUCUGUUAUAGAGACGGAGAGACGGACUCCAUGUAGAUUUAGGAUGUGUGACUUGAUGAGACGAGAACUGAUUCAAUCACAGAGCAUUACAUCGUCAUCAUCACCAUUGUCAUCAUCAUCAUCGUCAUCACCAUCAUCAUCAUCAUCAUCAUUCAGUGGAGGUUUUAAUCUCUCUAUAACUCUCAGCCUGUUAAAGCAGGUCCAUUAAAACAUUAUUAAAUGAAUGUAUUUAUUAUUCUGCUGUGUAAAAAAAAGGAAAACAAAGUUUCAUUCCUGUGGAAGACUUUUUUCUGUUCAGAUUUUAAAUCUCCUCCCUGCUUCUGUUGUCUUCAUGAUGUGUGGGUUGUGGUAUUUUUCUCUGUAAUCAGGUCACUGGUGUCAGAGCAGGUGUAGGACAGCAGUACACCAGUAUUUCCUCAGCUAGUAGUGGAUUUUAUCCUGCAAGUAUCUUGUAACAAGAACUUCUUUAUUUCUUAUUGUUGUGUACAGUAUGACAUGAGUGUUUAUUGUGUAUGGUGUGUUUUUGGGUGUGGCACGGGUUAAUCCAAUCAAAACAUUAACAAGAAAGUGUUGAUGUACCGUGAGGGAUUAGUUAUCAGUCAAUAAAAUUGUGGGUUUUUUUCAGUUCUCCUG